CAGGGCGCUGGUCCGAAUCGGAUUGCAAUGCUGCCACUUCAACCAUCGAGUCGAGACUCAGACUGAGUCUCGAUGAUGUGGAUUGUCGACAGACUCUUAGGUAGUCCUGAGUCGUCUGUUGCUUUGAGAACCGAAGGUGUAACUGUUGAAGUUUGUCCGCAACAUUAGCGCACAAUUUCCAAGACAAGCACUUCUUCAGGCGCAGAUAAGAAACUUCAGAUUCCACAGUUGUUAGCGCAUUCCCAAUCCAUCUCCUACCAACCUUGACUUUUGAUUUUCUGCCCUUAACAAUUCGCAGCACGUCACGCCACCCUUGCUGCUCAAUCUGUAAAAGCUGCUGACAAAAUGGCUCCCUCCCCUCUUGCUGUCCUGGCCGCUUUGGCGCUCCUGGUCAUCGCCACCCCCUGCACAGCGCACUCUGAGAACGGAACCUUCUGGCUCGUUGCUGAGAACACCCAAUCCCCUGGGGCCCGCAGCGCCGACUACCUCACCCUUCCCGCUGUUGCCAACGCCACGCGCAUUGGCGACUACACUGCCUUCUCCCAGAACGUCUACGCUAUCAACAAGACACUGGGUGACUUCACGCCCAGGUCCCGCGAGUUCUAUGGCCACCUCACCGGGGUUAGCACCGUGGUUAACGGCCCGACCGCCAACACGACCACCCUGUUCCAAGCCCAACUGACUAUUGUCUUCCGGGAAGGGCACUACGCUGGGAGCACCAUUGUUCUCUCGGGUGUUUACUACACGUCUGACCUGACCCGGCGGUACUCCAUCAUUGGCGGAUCGGACGAUUUUAAGUACGUCCGGGGGGAAGCCACCGUGAACUCGACCGUGAUCAACGGGCUCCCUGGGGCUGGGAAUGAGUACUACCUCUACGUCAACUAUGACGUCAAGCACUAAGUGGAGUCAGAAGUCGAAGAGGAGCUUGAGCGAAGUUCCUGCGUUGGUGACAGAGUACUUUUUGCAGGUGUUGGGUUAGCGCACGCAGUCAAAAUCGGAAAGCUACUGAGAGAUUAGCCGUCCCUAAUGGUUUUUGAGACAUCUUUCAUUGGGGUGUGAGAUGAUUUGAUCUGUGAGUUGGUAAAAAUGACACCUGAUUAGGUUCGUGGUUAUGCUUCGAAUUGCCAAAGACAGAGACGUUACUGUACUGAGCAACUGUCCCUCUCAAAUGACACAUUGAAAGUCUUAUCAUCCACAAAUCGAGGACUUUUACUCGAAAGUUGAGCGACCUUGCAAGCACAGGAACUUCACAAACCGCGUCUUCUGGUAUGCGUUGGAAGUAACAUGCAUCACGGCAAAAAAAUAAAGAAGCUGCAUGGAA